AUGUCUUCAUCUAGCCAUGGUCUGGUUGUAGAUUUUGCAUGCCUACACACACACACACAUCUCAGUAGGCUGUUGACGCUAUUCUAUCAUAUUUGCAGCUUUUCUGUGGCUGAGGAAGCAGCAAGUAACACAAGCGUUGCCUCAGCUAACAAUGCUUCAAGCUUGAGUUCCUCUCAGACGCUUAGCUCAGCUUCCAACACCUCAGCUUCUCAGUGGAAAAGCAGUGCUAGGAAUCACUUCAGACCUUCUCGCCGCGUUCCAUCGGCAUCAGAUGCUGUACGUAGCUCCCGUUCCUUUAGUAACAAUGGGUCUGGGUUCGAGUACUCGGCACCUGGACAGUCCGUUCGGGUUUCCUUCGGGUCCCACUCACCGAGGGGUGAGUUGACGGCCUCAACCAUCGGGAAAAGUGACUCUGGUAGCAGUAACAGUGUUGAACAUCCUCGGCCAGUGAGAAGAACUAGCGAGGGUGUACAAGAGGCAGCGCUGGAUAACUCACUCUCCUCCAGAAGUAAGAUCUGGCCGACCAUUACCAUAAAGUCUCCGGUAACCGAGGAAAAACCUGCAAAGGUGAGCAUUCCAAAUGCUGUGACAACCACCACAGUAGUCUACACCACCACCACUAACCCUACUACCACCACUGACACCCCUACAACAACUACCACCACACCUACGCCAGUUCAGACUACCACCACUGAAGCACCAACCCUUCUUGAGGUGGAACCAGUCGCAGAACCCACACCAAACACCCCUUACCGUGGGUUACCACGCAGAAGAUAUCGACCUCUUCCUCGCCGAUCAUUCGCUACAUCUAAACCUUCGCUACCUGGCGAACCUCAACAGCGAGACGGUUACCGUAGAAAAUCUCUGUUAUCAGUACGGCGUCUUGGGGCUUCGAGGAAUCGAACUGACAUCUCUCCCGCUCCUGCUGAAGUCCAGGAGAUAUCUCUCAACCAUAACGAGACUAGACCGGAAGAAAGUGGAGACACUAAGCCUGAGGAAGCAGGAAGUCUCCCUCUCCCUCUCCAGGGAGAGAAUGAAGAGGUAAUUAAGGGAGAUACCUUACUGGAGGACGUGGAGAACGGUUUUGAGGGCAGUGAUGAUGUCAGAGGUGUUGGGAAGACCUUCCCACAGAACAAUGUUUCUCCCAACAGACAGAGAAAGAACUUGGGUUUCGUGUUCCCACAGAAGAGAGACGCUGUUUUGCCCUUCGGUGCAAGACUGUCUCACAGAGGAGCCAGUUCUCACUUAACUAAUCCCUCGUUAACUGAUAUCCCAGCACUAUCCUUUGGCACUAACUUUUCCCCGAAGCUACCCAAGACGGCCCUCACUAACCCCCAGGACCUGACUACCACCCUUAACACCCUAACUGAAACAACCUCAACUACGCCUGGCAGAUCCUUCAACACACCCAAGUCAUUAACUUCAAUUAGCACUCUUCCCAAGGCACUGACUACCCCACCUCACUCUGGAGUGAUCCUUAAUGCACUCUUUCCAGCGUUCAGUACGGACUUCAAAUCGUUUGAAAACCUCCAGCCAUCUCCCCCACCACCGUUCCUUACACAGUUUAGGUCGUUAACUCCUUCCAGCACUCCUCUAAACCCAUUUCCUGUUAAUAUGUUGCCAAUUGUAGAUACCAUUAACCUGGAAUCCAAUACGGUUUCUGGUAACGCUCCCUCUAAACGUAGCCACAAUAUUCCACGCCAGCAACAUUCUUGUGCAUCUGUUCUGACGCCAAAUCUCCAACGUCUCUUCUCGAACCAUCAAAUGAUCAAUACGUUCAACUUUCAACGCAACUCUUCACCACAGUCAUUCCAGGAACAGCUAAACAGCAGCAGCAACAUCAAAAGAAGCGCUGAGAGCUUACAACAGAAAUCUGUAUCACACAACAGAAGCAGCGAACGCCAGAGACCUUCACUUUCUUCACCAGCUGACAGUCUGGUCCAGCUAUCAGAAGACACCUCUACUGUGGCAUCAAACAAGCAAGUGGAUUCUCGCUCAAUCCUCGACCUUUCAAAGCCUCGCCAGACCAGAAAGCCUUUAAGAAAAGCCUCUGGAAAGACCUCCUUAGCCGACAGUCUCUGGGGAGCAGACUUGCAGGCGUCGCCAUUGAAACUACGACCUCUGGUAGUUCGUCCUGGUACACAGUCUCGCUCUUAGAAGGGGACAGACAAUUUGUGGAACAGUUAAUUAUCUUUAUUCCGAAACGUUUCGCCUACACAGUAGGCUACUUCAGUUGAGUACAGAAGAGUUAGCAGAAGCAGUACAGAUAUAGAGACGACGUAAUCAGUCCAUCAGCCUUGAAAAUGUAGUUUUGAGGUCGUCAGUCCCUCAGCCUGGAGAAGAUUUUUGUUCCAUAGUCUGGAACAAUGUUCCAGACUACGGAACAUCAUUAUUACUGCAAUUAUUAUUAUUAUUAUUAUUAUUAUUAUUAUUAUUAUUAUUAUUAUUAUUAUUAUUAUUAUUAUUAUUAUUAUUAUUAUUAUUAUUAUAUCAUCAUCAUCAUUAGAAGCACAGAGCAGUAUCGACACGUCAGAACAGCCAGGUGAAGACAGCACCCUGAGACAGCACCCUGAGACAGCACCCUGAGACAGCACCCUGAGACAGCACCAAACAAUAACCUGUCUAGAAACCAGUGUACCAAUGUCUAAAAGGUUCCAAUGUCUGGCUCAGUAUUACCUUCAAGCAACACUCUGUAAAUAACCUUCCUGUGUAAUGUCUUACUUAUAAGAAUUAAGAAUUAAAACCACAAUCCAAUGGUUGAAACAAUUUACAUCCCACAAGACCGUGGCUGGAACAAUACACACACACACACACACACACACACACACACACACACACCCACACACCCACACACACACACACCCACACACAUACACACACACACCCACACACACCCACACACAUACACACACACACACACACACACACACACACACACACACACACACCCACACACAUACACACACACACACACACACACACACACACACACACACACACACACACACACACACACGCACACACAUACACACACACACACACACACACACACACACACACACACACCCACACACAUACACACACACACACACACACACACACACACACACACACACACACCCACACACACACA